UUCAAAUGAGCAAUAUGUGUUUUCAAAUUCAUCUUGUUAUUGUAUGAAAAUUAUCUUCAUAGGAUUUGAAAAAUUUAAUCAGGAACCAAAUCAAAACAUGGGUGCCGAUUUUUCUUGCAGCACGUUCAAAGUGCAAAUUAAUAAUUUGCUAUUUCGUGACACUUAGCGAGUCCGUAUGUCUUUCGUAUGUUAGUAAGAGUUUCUGGAACUGUAAGAUCAAUCAUGGGGGGUGACAUAAAUGUGGCUACUUCUACUGAAUUACCCCAAUUAGAAGGCAACAGCUCAGACCAUUUGGAGUUACCAAUUGAUAUGCGUUUUAAUGAGGGUCACAUCGUUAGUAUUUUCAUUUAUAGCGUGUUAAUGAUAAUAUCUGCUGUGGGAAAUACAACGGUACUAGUGUUAAUUGCGCGUCGUAGGCGUACAACUAAAUCAAGAAUACACAACAUGUUAAUGCAUCUUGCAAUCGCCGACUUACUAGUCACCUUUCUAAUGAUGCCACUUGAAAUUGGUUGGGCAAUCACGGUUUCCUGGAAAGCAGGAGAUGCAAUGUGCCGAAUAAUGGCUUUUUUUAGAGUAUUCGGGCUAUACUUAUCAUCCUUUAUUCUGGUAUGCAUAAGUAUCGACAGAUAUUAUGCUGUGAUACAUCCUCUUCAGUUAUGGGGUGUUGAUAAAAGAGGAAAGCUUAUGUUGUGUCUUGCAUGGGGAGGAUCUAUUGUAUGUUCUAUGCCUCAGAUGAUAGUAUUUCAUCUAGAAACCCAUCCAAAUAUCACUUGGUAUUCUCAGUGUGUCACAUUCAAUACUUUUCCAACAUAUACUCAUGAAAUAACGUACUCUCUUUUUGGAAUGAUAAUGAUGUAUUGGUUUCCCCUUGUUGUGAUAAUAUACACUUACACGAGCAUUUUAUUGGAAAUAUGUAGAAGAUCGAAAAAGAGCGAAGAUAAGAUUCGUCGUUCUUCCAUGGGCUUUCUUACUCGAGCGAAAGUAAGAACUCUAAAGAUGACAGUGAUCAUUGUUGCUGUAUUUUUUAUUUGUUGGACACCAUAUUAUGUCAUGAGUCUUUGGUAUUGGAUUGACCGCCAUUCGGCAUAUAAAGUUGAUCAACGAAUUCAAAAAGGUCUUUUUCUAUUUGCAUGCACUAAUUCUUGCAUGAAUCCCAUUGUUUAUGGAGCAUUUAAUAUUCGUGAUCGUCAUAAGACAUCCGUGCGACCAACAACCAUUGAAACUCGAGUUACUCCAUUGACCUUGUCGCUUAAAUUACUUGACUGAUGUUCUUUUAAGUACAAAAAACAUACAUAUAAUGUAAGUUAAAUCUAGUCGUUAGCAUCAAAUUGAACUGUGAUCGAAGAUCCAAUUAUUAACAUUGUGGUCGGUAUUGUACGCGCUGUAUUUAAGAAUUAUUAAAAUAGAAAAAAGCAUUUAAAUCAACAAUAACAGGUGAAAUUAUGAAACUUGAUAAAACAAAAUAUAUAAUAAGACUCACAAGACAGUUAAAACAUAUUAAAUUAUUACAAAUUAUUAUAUUUUCUUCGAUUUAUUAAUACAUCAUUUUUGAAAAAAACCAUUGUUUUCUUUUUUAUUUUUUUUUUUUUUUUUAUUAUAUUAAGUAAAUUCUUGCCUGAAAGUAUAUUUUAAAAAGUUAAAAAAGAUUAUGGAUCUACAUCAGUAACAUGCUCUUUUUAAGAAGAAUCAGUCAAAAAUAGAAGCGUACAUUCUCACGUUAUAAUGUAAGCGAAAUGCAUUCAAAAAUGAAUGAAACAUGUACAUUCCAAAUAACUGUCUUAUGGAAUAAUAGUCUUCCUCUUUCUAUUUUGAGCACACGUAAGGCAUAUUUAUUUCAAAUUAAAAAAAUAAAUCUAAAAGCUUUGAAAAGAGUAAAGUUGGUAGAUAGAUUUAUUUGUUACAAGAAAAAACGUGUAAAAGAAAUCUCAAACAUAGCAAGUACUUUUACCGAAUCAACAGAUUUCAUCGGAAUCGUAUGAAAAAGUUUCUUAGUUAUAUUAAAAAUUGUAACGCUUUAAUUGUAUAUAAAUACAAAUAUGACUUUAAACAGUAUAAAUGUAAAAAUUAAAUGUACAGUUAUAAAUGUUGUGCCAAUGUUGUUAAAAUUAUACAACACUAGUAUUUUAUAAUUGAUUAAAUUGUAUUGGAAUUUUAAAUUCCUUUCAAGGAUUUUCAAUUUUCAAAAAGUAAAAGAUUGCGUAUCUUAACUAUAGUCAGUUGUAUAAAAGAAAAACGGUAAAUGCAUAGCUUUGCCAGAAGUCUUUAAUUAGGCUUUAAUCGCCUGAAAUGCAAACAGCACCGGUACUUACGUUUCUUCACCAGCGUGGAUGAAUCUGAUGGAAAGACCAUUGUUGAUAGGUAUUAUUAAUGUCGCAUGGCAUUAACGACAGCUGUUGUGUUUGAGGAUGAAGUGCCAUACACUUCUUGUGCACUCUGUGCAGAAGCGUUUUGGUUUUCUAAAGAAGUAAUAGAAUGUAUGAUAAAUAUAAAAAUGAUAAUAAAAAUCCUGUAACGUA